AUGUCGUCAUGCGCACAAUCACCGUCACCGGCUGAAUUGAGGGCCGCACUCGUCCGCGACGGGUUCGUGCGCAUAACAAAGGUCUUCACAGACGAUGAGAUUGAGGCUUUCCGCGGAGCCUGUCAUCGCAGUGCCGAACUCACAAGAGCAGGUAAAUGGCCAUACUACAGAACGCUCCCAAAGCAGUUCCCUCCGUGGAAUGAAGAUGUGAGCCAAGGCAUUUGGGGAGUGCAGCACCUUCUUCAUCCUGAGAUGCCUGACAAGGAGAUCUUCGAGAAGUCUUAUUUUGGGGAGCAGAUGAUUGGUGCAGUGACCUCGCUGUUGAACUGCUCGCCGGAUGACCUGGUCAUGGAACUCUAUAACAUGCUGGUCAGACCAGAUAGGGACUUCGCACUCAGAUGGCACAGAGAUGAUAUCGGCCCCGACGUCACAGCCGAAGAAGAACUCAAGCGUCUCCAAGAGCCCAUGGUGCACGCACAGUGGAAUCUGGCUCUCUACGAAGACAGCUCUUUGGUCGUAGUCCCCGGCUCUCACAAGCGUGCGAGGACAGACAUGGAGCGCAACGCAGAUCCUUACGAGGACGACAUGCCUGGGCAAAUGGCUGUGAAGAUGUGUCCUGGUGACGUUGUGUUCUACAACAACAACAUCCUCCACCGAGGUGUCUAUGACAGCAAGACUGAGCGGAUGACUCUGCAUGGCACAAUGGGGCUGACUGGGAGCGAUCCUGCCAGGGCAAGGAACAUACUGCAGCAUGGCAUUGGCAAGUGGGCUGCAGACUGCAACUUUGGUGACCUUCCUUCUGAUAUGAGGCAACAAGCUGAAGCAAUGCAAAAGCGUCUCAUGGCGAUGGGUACUGGAAACAACAUCGGAUUUUCUCAACAGGAUCCAUAA